ACUCAAGUCCCCGGGGGUUGUCGUCGUCCGACUUUCCUUACCAAUGAGCGCUUUUUCUUCUUGAAAUACACCGAGCCAUCUUUCUAGCACUGGCUGUUGUUCAACUUUGUACUGCGGUACCGACCUCGCACCGCAUCUCCUAUCCCGAUCAGCUUUUGAAUAUCCCAAUUACCACCUUCUCCGCAUCAGCUAUUAUGACUGCUUGAACCAUGCGCAUCUUCGCAGGUCUACCGCUCCGACUCCCUUACAUGUCCUGUUCUACGCACUCGUCUUUCUAAUAAUACGGUCAACAUGGAUACGAGUAGCAUCACGCCCGCUGGUACCCGGGUUAAUAUCAUUGUACUUGCUUUCACACUUGUUUCUGGCUUGGUGGUGUUUCUACGACUUUUUACGCGACUGGUGAUUUCCAGGGGAGCUGGGCCUGAAGAUGCAUGCAUCGUAUUUGCUAUGGUUCUUUCCAUCGCACUUGCUGUGCUGACGGCAGAGCAAGUAAUGAAUGGCCUUGGAGAGCACAGUGCGCGAAUAGAAGACGACAAGCUAGAUAGACUGCAAAUUUCAUUCUGGGCGAGUGUCUGGGUCUACAACCUCACACUCACUGUGACAAAGAUAUCCAUUCUUGUACAGUAUCUCCGCAUCUUUCCCGUACGAAACUUCCGCAUAGCAUGCUUCGCUGUCUUGGGUGUUGUCCUAACCUACGGAGGCUGGGCGACCUUCUCGAGUGUGUUCAUCUGCAGUCCUGUCGCCUUUGCAUGGGACAAGUCCAUCGGGAACGGACGCUGCAUGAACCAGCUCGUCAUAUGGGUUACAAAUGCUGGUGUCAACAUUGCGCAAGACGUAGUCAUCUUCCUUAUGCCAUUAUCCAUCGUUCGGGCCCUCCAGAUACCCAAAUCACAGAAGGAAGGCUUAGUGGGCAUGUUCGUGUUGGGCGCUAGCGGUACCAUGGUCUCCAUCAUCCGACUGUAUACCUUGGAUGAUAUCGCCAACUCGACCGAUGUCUCAUUUGACAACAAAGAUCACGCAACACUAUCUGCGGUGGAGGUGAAUGUUGGAAUCAUCUGUGCAUGUCUACCAGCUAUGCGACCGCUCUUCGCUCUGAUAGCACCGCAUUACUUCUCGACAGCAACACAAUACACGGACAAGCGAGCCUUCGAUAUCGAGCGCCAAAAGCCUGGAACUGGCCCGCGAGCGAGCGUCCGGCCUACUACCGCAACUACAAGGACUAGGCCCAACACAUCACGAACAACCAUGACUCGUCCUCCUACCGCCACUACGAGAACAGCACCCAACACGGCCAGAAAUACUAUCAUUCGGCCCAAUACUGCGACCACAUUGACGAGACCCAGCACGCGGUCAUCGUCGCGGACAAACACCUCGCAGGCCAUCAAGCUCAAGACAUACACUCCGCCGCGGGCAGAUUCAGUCCAAAGCGACAUCAUGCCCCUUCAGCCACUUCCAGCGACGCUCUCCCGGACCGCAAGCGGUCGUUUCUCCAUUACGAACAGCCGCCCGACCACAAUCCGCAUGCACAGCUACAACAACCACUCCCGCAACGCAAGCACUAGUUCUGGACAAAGCACACAAAGCACUCCCCGAGGACGGUCUGCUACACGUUUCCAAGGGAGCAUUGAUCCUCUUCGCAUGUCGCCUGUCACACCCUUCAGCCCACCAUUCCCCGCCCCUCUACGAACCGUUUCACCGUUGGCACUGGGUCCCAAUGCCCGGCAACCAAGCAGUCAGCGGACGCCAUCACCACUACCACCACGGACGCCUGUGCCGGGACAAGACAAACAGCUACCUCUUACGCCUUUUCCCGUUGGAACCGCAGACUGAACGCCACCCCAGAUGAUCCUAUCGCCUGACAGAAAAACCCAUGAUAUAUCACACCUAAAUGACACGCUCGUUACCCACACAAAACGCCACAGGGCACGUCUUUAAUGCUGCCAUAAAGACACGACUCAU